CCGAAAAGCCCGUCACAUGAUUUGACAUUUCUGCCUCGCUGACUUUUCGAAAUCUUCUCUCACUUCUUUCCCUCGUGCCUUUUCCCUUCUCACCACAAGCCAACACGACCGGUACUUCAGUUUCAUCAUGUUUCGCACCACCUUAACGUCCAAGGCUUGUAGCAAUGGACUUUCGAUUCUCACCGCACAGGCUGUCCCGACAAGCAGGAAUUUUGCGACAGCCUCCGCGGUGAGUCCAGCUGCUCGAAGUCACAAAGUCGUGGUCGUUGGUGGUGGGAGCGCCGGUCUCGCUGUCAGCCAUCAGCUCCUCCGCUCGGGCAAGUUUGCCCCAAACGACAUCGCCAUUGUCGACCCGGCCAAGUGGCAUAACUACCAGCCCGGGUGGACGCUGGUGGGCGGUGGUCUGAAGACCAAGGAGGAGCUGCGGAAGCCGCUGGACACCUUGCUCGACCCCAAACUCAAGUUCUACAACGAGGGCGUGAACACCUUCUCCCCCAAGGAGAACUUGAUCACGCUCAGCAACGGCGACAAGGUCAGCUACGACCAACUCGUGGUCGUGCCCGGCAUCACGAUCAACUUUGGCUCCAUCAAAGGCUUGCCCGAGGCCCUCGCCGAUCCAAACUCCCUGGUCUCCUCAAUCUAUGGCUAUGAGACCUGCGACAAGGUGUUCCACACCAUCACCAGCCUUCGCAAGGGCACCGCGAUUUUCACCCAGCCGGCCGGCACAGUGAAAUGCGCGGGGGCUCCGCAGAAGAUCAUGUGGCUCGCACUGGACUAUUGGAAGCGGGCGGGCCUGUACAACGCCAGCAAGGGUCCCGAGUCACCCAUCCAGAUCAGCUUCGCCACCGCCCUGCCCGGCAUGUUCGGCGUGCCCAAGUACAGCGCCAGGCUCAACGAGCUGCGGCUGGAGAGGGGUGUGGAGGGGCUGUUCCAGCACGACCUCGUCGCCGUCGAGGGCAACACGGCGACUUUCGCCCGUCUCGACCAGCAGGACCAGGUCACGAAGCACUUUGACCUGCUGCACGUCGUGCCCAAGAUGGGACCGCACGAGUUCGUCAAGAAGAGCGAGCUCGCCAACGAAGCCGGCUUCGUGGACGUGGACGAGGCGACCACGCGCCACACCAAGUACGCCAACGUCUGGUCCGUCGGCGACGCGUCGAGCCUCCCCACCUCCAAGACGGCCGCCGCCAUCACCGCCCAGGCGCCCGUGCUCGUGCAGAACCUGAUGCAGUCCCUCGAGGGCAAGGCGCCCAACGCGACCUACAACGGCUACACGUCGUGCCCGCUGACGACCGAGUACGGCAAGGUCAUGCUCGCCGAGUUCAAGUACGGCGGCGAGCCGCACGAGACCUUCGGCCGCCUGCUGGGCGUGGACCAGGGCACGCCGCGGCGCGCGUUCUACCACCUCAAGAAGGACUUCUUCCCCUGGGUCUACUACAAGUCGAUGGUCAAGGGCACCUGGGCCGGGCCCAAGGGCUGGAUGAAUUAGAGACUCAAUUAGAGAAAAUGCGUCGACGCGGCAAAAGUGUCGAGCAUAUUGCGCCCUGUGUGAGGCUUGUGUACUAUAGAGAAAAGUUUCUGGACUGCGGGGUUUUGCGUCCGUCCAUCCAUCUUUCUGCGGCCUGGCUACAUACAUACAUACAUCAUGUGGCGCUGCAGUUACGAUCUAGGUUUUAAGAGCAAUGGAUUUUUUUUGUGAUAGAAGUCAAACAGCGUCCUUCGCUGUAGGAGGUGGCC